GGAUAAAUUGGUCUUUUUGUAGCAUUUAUGAAGCCGUGGCGACAGCAAAAAUGGCCGUGGCAAUAGUCACCCUAAAAAUAUUUAUAUUCCGGGAAAAUUUAUCUUGCCCACUUGAUCAUCAUCGCCAUCUUCUCUUCAGCCUCAGCUAAAAUAGAAAUUUUCCUCUGUCUUCUCUCUGUUAGAGCUUUGGAGUUGUUUUCCAUUUUGUGUUUCUACAAAAUUUUAAGAGCGGUCGGUAGUAAAAAUCAAAUUCUAGGGUUUGGAUUCGAUUGGAUUGGAUCUUCUCAUCGUAAAUUGAUAUUAUUAUAGUGCGGUGAACGAGAUUGGUACAGAGAGGCAGACGAAUGAGUGUCGUUUCUGACGAGAUGUUGUUUUACUUAUCGUCAGCUAAUCUUGAGUUGUCCUUUUUGUUAUGGGAGCCUGCCUCAUUCAUAUUUGUUUCCUUUUAAAUCAAGAGGAAGGUAUUCCAGCUUCUGAUAUCUGUUGAUAAGGGAAGGCUUAUUUUCUGCCAUGCCUUCUCUACAAUUGUUGCAACUAACUGAGCAUGGUCGAAGCCUCUUGGCUUCAAGAAGGAAAUCUCUAUUGUUUGCUGGUGGUAUCUUAGUUUUUGGCGGGACUGCUGCAUAUGUGAAGUCACGGCAUGGCUGUAAAAAGUUUGAUUCUAUUGAUCACUACAAUGGGCUUAGGGGUGAUAAUGACAAAUCAGACAAGCAGGUUGCGAAAGAAGCUAAGAAAAUUAUUCAGAAAAAAGGAAGUUUGAAAUCACUCCAUGUUCUAGCUUCUGUUCUUUUGUCUGAGAUGGGCAAAAGGGGCACAAGGGAUCUUUUGGCUAUGAUAGCUAUAGCAGUGUUGAGAACUGCUUUGAGCAACAGAUUAGCAAAAGUACAGGGAUUUCUAUUCCGUGCUGCUUUUCUCCGACGCGUGCCAUUAUUUUUCCGGUUGAUAUCUGAAAAUAUCUUAUUAUGUUUUCUUCUAUCCACUAUUCAUUCUACUUCGAAGUAUGUAACGGGGACUUUAAGUCUAUGUUUCAGAAAAAUAUUGACUAAACGUAUCCAUGCACAUUAUUUUGAGAACAUGGCAUACUAUAAGAUAUCACAUGUUGAUGGUCGGAUUACUAACCCUGAACAACGAAUUGCAAGUGAUGUACCAAGAUUCUGUUCAGAGUUGAGUGAACUGGUACAGGAUGACUUGACAGCAGUUACUGAUGGUCUUCUCUAUACUUGGCGCCUGUGUUCUUAUGCUAGCCCAAAAUAUCUUUUCUGGAUAUUGGGCUAUGUGUUGGGAGCAGGAACCAUGAUUAGAAACUUUUCCCCUGCUUUUGGGAAACUGAUGUCAAAAGAACAACAGUUGGAAGGUGAAUAUCGGCUUCAUUCACGUUUAAGGACCCAUGCAGAAAGUAUAGCAUUUUAUGGUGGAGAACGUAGAGAAGAAUCACAUAUUCAGCAGAAGUUUAAGGAUCUUGUUAGACACAUGAGAGUUGUCCUUUAUGACCAUUGGUGGUUUGGAAUGAUUCAAGAUUUUUUGUUGAAGUAUCUUGGUGCUACAGUUGCAGUUGUAUUGAUUAUAGAGCCCUUUUUUGCUGGCCAUCUAAGACCUGAUGCCUCUACUUUGGGAAGGGCAACAAUGUUGAGCAACUUAAGAUAUCACACCAGUGUCAUAAUAUCACUAUUUCAGUCCCUGGGAACUCUUUCUAUAAGUUCAAGACGACUCAAUCGUCUCAGUGGUUAUGCUGAUCGCAUUCAUGAGUUAAUAGUAAUAUCAAGAGAGCUAAACUGCGAUGAUAAAACUUCUCUGCAAAGAAGUGGAAGUAGGAAUUACUUUAGUGAAGCUGAUUAUGUUGAGUUUUCUGGUGUCAAGGUUGUCACCCCAACUGGUAAUGUUUUGGUGGAAGAUCUGACUCUUAAGGUUGAAUCAGGAUCUAAUCUGUUAAUUACAGGUCCAAAUGGUAGUGGUAAGAGCUCACUUUUUCGAGUUCUAGGUGGCCUUUGGCCGUUGGUGUCUGGCCAUAUUGUGAAACCUGGUGUUGGUUCUGAUCUUAAUAAAGAGAUUUUCUAUGUGCCGCAAAGGCCAUAUACAGCUGUAGGCACACUUCGUGAUCAGUUAAUUUAUCCUCUUACUGUGGACCAGGAGGUUGAACCUCUCACACGGAGUGGAAUGGUGGAGCUCUUGAAAAAUGUUGAUCUUGAGUAUCUAUUAGAUCGUUAUCCACCUGAGCAGGAGGUAAAUUGGGGUGAGGAAUUGUCUCUGGGAGAGCAACAAAGGUUAGGCAUGGCCAGACUGUUCUACCACAAGCCUAAAUUUGCAAUUCUUGAUGAGUGCACCAGUGCAGUGACUACUGACAUGGAGGAACGAUUUUGUGCGAAAGUUCUUGCUAUGGGAACUUCAUGCAUAACAAUAUCGCACCGUCCAGCUCUAGUUGCGUUUCAUGAUGUUGUUUUGUCCUUGGAUGGAGAAGGGGGCUGGCGAGUUAGUUACAAAAGGAGGGAUUCUGCUGACCUGAAGGAACCUGGGACCAAUGACACAAGGGCUUCUAAGACGGAACGCAAAAGUGAUGCGAUGUUAGUUCAACGUGCAUUUGCCACGUCUGAUAAGGAUUCUACAUUCUCAAAUUCAAAGUCGCAAUCAUAUAUUUCAGAGGUGAUAGUGGCAUGUCCUAGUGCAGAUCCUGGUCUUCCUUUACCAAUUGUCCCACAGCUCCAAAGGGAUCCAAGGGUAUUGGCAUUGAGAGUGGCUGCCAUGUUUAAAAUACUGGUACCAACUUUACUUGAUAAACAAGGGGCACAAUUACUUGCAGUUGCUGUUCUUGUUGUCUCAAGAACAUGGGUCUCCGAUCGGAUUGCCUCAUUGAAUGGCACCACUGUAAAGUUUGUCUUGGAGCAGGAUAAAACAUCGUUUAUUCGAUUAAUUGGUGUUAGUAUUCUUCAAAGUGCUGCAUCUUCUUUCAUUGCACCUUCAUUGAGGCACUUGACAGCCAGGUUGGCCCUUGGAUGGAGGAUUCAUUUGACUCAGCAUCUACUAAGUAACUAUUUGAGAAACAAUGCAUUUUACAAGGUCUUUCAUAUGUCAAGCAAAAAUAUUGAUGCAGAUCAAAGAAUAACUGAUGAUCUUGAAAAGCUGACCAGAGACUUGUCCGGACUGGUAACUGGAAUGGUAAAGCCAUUAGUAGACAUCUUGUGGUUUACCUGGAGAAUGAAGCUGUUAACAGGUCAGAGGGGAGUUGCCAUAUUGUAUACUUAUAUGCUGCUUGGUCUGGGUUUUUUGAGAACUGUAACUCCUGACUUUGGUGAUCUUGCAAGUCGAGAGCAACAACUUGAAGGAACUUUUAGGUUCAUGCACGAAAGACUAUGUACACAUGCCGAGUCUGUUGCCUUCUUUGGAGGUGGUGCAAGAGAAAAAGCUAUGAUUGAGUCAAGAUUCAGUGAACUGCUGGACCAUUCUUUGUUACUUCUAAAGAAGAAAUGGCUAUAUGGUAUCCUAGAUGAUUUUGUCACAAAGCAACUCCCACAUAAUGUAACUUGGGGUUUGAGCUUGUUGUAUGCAAUGGAACACAAGGGAGACCGAGCUCAGGUUUCAACUCAAGGUGAGCUGGCACAUGCAUUGCGGUUCUUAGCCUCUGUAGUCUCUCAGAGCUUUUUAGCAUUUGGAGACAUUCUUGAACUGCAUAAGAAGUUCCUUGAGCUCUCUGGCAGUAUAAAUAGAAUUUUUGAGCUGGAAGAGCUUCUAGAUACUGCUCAGUCUGGGGAUUGGUUGGUUGAUAAACUAUCUACAUCUAUGGAGAGUGAUAGUAAUGCGAAAGAUGCCAUUUCCUUUGUGGAGGUUGAUAUCAUUACACCUGCGCAGAAAUUGUUGGCAAGGCGGUUGACAUGUGACAUAGUACGAGGAAAAAGCUUGCUUGUCACAGGUCCAAAUGGAAGUGGGAAAAGUUCUAUUUUCAGAGUCCUUAGAGGUCUUUGGCCUAUUGUGAGUGGCAGACUUGCCAAAGCAUCUCAACUUAAUAAUGAAGAUAGUGAAUCUGGUUGUGGCAUCUUCUAUGUUCCUCAACGACCAUACACAUGCUUAGGAACCUUGAGAGAUCAAAUUGUAUAUCCUCUCUCUCACGAUGAAGCAGCACUCAUGACAUUAAAGUUGCAUGGCGAAGAUAAAAUAUCUGGUGACACCACAAAGAUUCUCGAUGCACGCUUAAAAGCUAUUCUGGAGAAUGUUCGAUUAAAUUAUCUUCUGGAAAGGGAGGAAGGUGGUUGGGAUGCUAAUUUGAAUUGGGAAGAUAUUCUCUCUCUUGGAGAACAACAGAGAUUAGGCAUGGCACGCCUAUUCUUUCACAAGCCCAAAUUUGGCAUUCUUGACGAAUGCACCAAUGCCACAAGUGUCGAUGUUGAGGAACAACUUUAUAGGCUUGCCAAGGAUAUGAACAUCACAGUUGUUACAUCCUCACAGCGUCCUGCUCUAAUACCAUUCCAUUCUGUGGAAUUACGGCUUAUUGACGGUGAGGGUAACUGGGAGCUUCGUACAAUAAGGCAAUAACUUGACGGUAAUAUCAGCAUUUCUUGAUUUAAGCUGUGUGAUUAAUGGCAUUAGAUCUCAUAUGCAGAUUACCAUUCAGAAUAGAAUAUAUUUAUACAGAUUUCAGUAAGUUGUUUUGCUUAAUGCAUGAGUAUGGCCGAGGGAACCUGGCAACCAUGUUUUGAGUACUCCGUGAAAUAUGAUCUCAUCGUUUUUCAUAUAAAUCAUCAGAGCAUCGAAUGAAAAGAAAAGCCGAUCGCAUAAGCAGUAUCUCCAGAAUCAUUAAAAUUAAGGAUAAUCAUACAGGGAUGUCAUUUAGCAUAGUGAUUCUGUACAGUUUUAUUAUAUUUUCUUCUUUCUUUUGGGAAAUUAUGCCCAUUGUAUUGUAAGAAUUGAAUGCUUGAUUAUUUGAAUUGGACUUAUAUCAAUAAAAUUGCAGGACAAGGAUACCUAUUUUAC